GAUCAAUACAAAGUUAAUCAAUCAUAUUGUAUCAAUACAAAGGGUGUGGCCUGUUAUAACAGCCACUCAUUUUCAGAUAUCUUUCACACACAACAAACACACACUUCUCUUUUCUGGUUAGAGGUUUAGAUCUUGUAUUCAGUUCAGUUUGUUUUGUGUUAAAUAUGGAUCCAUACUUGAAGAUAUUUUUGCAGCCGUUUGAACAUCUUAAGAUCCGACUGGACGAGAUAACAAGAGCCACCAACAACUUCGACGAUGAGAAGUGUAUCGGACGUGGCGGUUUCGGGAAAGUUUAUAAAGGUGAAUUGUUAUGCAUGGGAGAGCCGACGAUGGCUGCGAUUAAGCGUCUGGACCGUAGGCACGGACAAGGAACACCCGAGUUCUUGAAAGAGAUCACGACUCUUUACAAUUACUAUCACGAUAAUCUUAUCUCUCUUCUGGGAUUUUGUUGCGAAGCGCAUGAGAUGAUCCUGGUGUACGAGCUUGCAUCUCGGGGAAGCCUUGACCGCCAUUUGAAGUCCUCUCAUCUCACGUGGACACAACGUAUCAAGAUAUGCAUUGAUGUUGCCAAGGGGUUAAGCUACCUUCAUGAUCCAAGGGAGAAACACCAAAGACUUAUCCACUGUGACGUUAAAAGCGCUAACAUCCUUCUCGAUGAGCAAUGGAAUGCUAAACUUUCUGACUUCGGGUUAUCAAUAAAGGGGUCAGCUAACGAGCAGCAAUCGGUCGUUGUCACCUUUGCAUCAGGUACCCCUGGGUACUGUGACCCGCAGUAUGCGUGGACGCACACCUUAACCAAAGGGUCAGACGUAUACUCUUUCGGCGUGGUCUUAUUUGAGGUUUUAUGUGGGACAUUAUGCUCUACAUAUAGCAAUGGUGGUGGUCAGCAGAUUUUAGUGCCCACGUGGAUCGAAAGCUAUAAACGGAAGAAGCUAAACGAUAUCAUCUUUAAAAGUCCGACCAUUCAACCAUUGGAUCAGAGUGCUUUAGAAAAACUUUCGGACAUUGCAUAUCGAUGUUUGAAGGAUUCUCGUGACCAGCGACCUAAUAUGGCCGAGGUUGUGACAGAACUUGAGACUGCACUUGAAGGUCAAGUGUUGAGUGAAUCGAAAUUGCCCUUUGAUUACAAAGAGAUAAUUAAGGCUUCUCGGUUUGAUCUGGACAACAUGUCGAAAGAUGAACUUAGGGAACUUCUGUACAAAGGAGUCCUCCUUAACGACGAUUAUACGUGGUUUUCAUUAAAUACAAGGGGAGAACACUGUGUAAUGAUAUCUUGUGGAGAGUGUGUUUUACCAAGUGCACGUGAGAGUUAUCCAUGGUCUUCCGGAUAUAAUUCAAGAUUUGCUGUGGGCACCUAUCAUUCAGUGAUUGGAAGAUUCAGAACACGUGUAAAAACUCAAUUAUUGUCACCACUAAUCACAUACAAGGUGAACCUUGUGUUCAAAUUUAUGCUCCCAGAAAGGAUGAGCAAAUGUAAACUUAUAUCCCUAAAGUACAAAUUACUUGGGGAGAGAAAAUAUUCAACUUCAUAUUUUGCGUAUGCGAGAGAAGAUGGAUGGUGGAUGGCUGAAUUGUAUCGAUUUACUAGUGACGGGAGAUCUAUUGAUCUUGAUAUUCUAUUUGAUGGAUCCGAUCGUGAUUUUCCUGUCAUAGAAAUAGAAGGAAUCGAGUUUCGGCCCUUGGAGAAAGAACCCAUAUCAGAUUCGGAUGCAAAUUGGAAACAAAAGUUGCCAAUUGAUUAUAAAGACAUACUUAAACUCUCAAAAAAUAGUGUGAAAUCUACAACGGAGAAGGAGGUGUACUCAACUUUUUGUAGAGGGUUUUUAAUCAAUGAUGGUCAAGAGUGGUUUUCUCUUGACAAAAAUGGGAAGAAAUGUUAUAUGCAAUCAGCAAGAGCUCCUUCCAUAGAUGGCGAGAUAUGUCGCCGGUUUUUACCCAAUUCAAGAUUUAAAGAAACCGUUGAGGUGAUGAACGGUUUUGAAUUUAAAAUCCAUAUCACAAUCAAUCCCCAACUAGUAUCAUCUCAAACAACAUAUGGAAGUUAUCUUGUCUACAAAUUACCAAGAGACCAAUCCAGAUAUGAGGCUCCAAUAGAAGUAAUGGAUGAAGAGUUGAGUGAGGCUACUCGGUACAUCUAUUUAGUAACUCCUCAAUUCCCAGUUAUUAGAACAAAUGCCUACCAGUACACCCGCAACCCUUCGAAUAAAAAAGGCUUUCCAGAACAUAGGGACGACGGUUGGAUGGAAGUACAAGUUUAUGAAUUCAAAACCGAUACUACCUCCGACAUGAUUCAUUUCAGUCUUAAAUUGACCUUUUGUGCUUCCAAGCCACUUAGGGGGCUUAUUAUUGAAGGCCUUGAGUAUAGACCCGUAUAGAUUCAGGAACUGACAGCAUAAAUGAUUGACACAUGAAGUGACGAGUAUGCGAAAAAAAUGGAAUAUAAGAUUUCGUCUUUAGAAACAUAUUUUGAUUAUGUUUUUAUUUUAGUUUGUCAAUUGUUUUGUUACAGUUUAAUAUUUUGAUUAUGUUUUCUAUUUCAUUUAAGCCUUUAGUAAACUAUACAUAAUGCUUCACUCACUACAUUAGCUAGCUUCUAAAUGAGGCUCAUUUGUAAAUCUCCUAUUUGUUUUAUCUAAACUUUUCUUAAUGAUUAAUACGUA